AUGAAAAUACCUCUUAAUACUCUUGAGUAGCCUAAAGAAAUCGAACGUCGUGUAAUUUCUUUCAGCCUAAUUUUAGCUCUUGGCAUCAAUCUUAGCAAGCCCCAACUUCUUGGAAGAGUUGCUUUAAUUAGUGAAUGACAAGAGUAAUGUUAUCCACAAAUUAUCUUUGGGAUCAUUAACUUUACUUAUGGAUAAAUUAGACGAUUAUAUAGAGAAUAUGGCUUAACUAGUAUAAUAGAACUCUAGAUAUGAUUGUUCAUAGUUGUUAAACCUCAUUAAUAGUUUAAUGGAGUAUGAAUGUUAUAGGUAAUAAUUUAAAAAAUAUUGAUAGAAAAUUAUUUAAUUCCUUAGAACAUAUAUUAAGCAUAGUGGAGCAUACAGAUAGUCUGUAAAGUUAUGAGACCAUUAUGAACAUUCUAAUCAAAAUUUGUGAAUAAGCAAUAAAUCUAAAUAAUCCUUAAUAAAAAGAAAUAUGCAAUUAAUAAUUAAGAGAUAAUAUCCCUAGAUUAAUAUACUUUACUAGAUUCCUCUUUGAUCAUAAUAAUGCUCUUUCAUCAACUAAACUUGAAUUGAUUGAUUAUUAUCAUGAUGAUCCAAAUUAUUUAUCUAUUACAGACAAUCCAAUUUAGUUUCCAUAAUUACAAUUUGAAUAUGUAGAACCUACUAUUUUAGAUGAAUCAUAUGCAGAUUUAUGUAAAAAUGGUGUUCACAAAAAAGAAUUGCAACAUUAAACAUCAAUUAAAGUAUAAUAUGCUUAUUUAAAAUAUUUUUAGAAUUUCAGCAUAUAAGAUGAUCAUUCUAUGUCUGCCCUUCUUUUAGCUAAAAAAACAUUAGGAUAAUAAGAUAUGCCUUUAACUCCAUUAGUAGAGGCAGUAAAAUAUAGAAUUUUAAUUUACAGAGGUUUAGCUUCAAAUAAAAUUUAAACAAAUACUUUGGUUUUAAGUAUGUAUAUUUUAUCACUUGAAAUGAAUAUGUUAUUAGAUGCUUUCUGUUCAACUCAAGAUUGUGCUUUAUUAUUAGAUUAAGUAUUUGUGGAGAAAAUAGAAUAUGAACAAUAUUUUAGUAUCUAUGCUAAAUUAUUUUAAUUGAAAACUGUAUAACCUAAAUUAUUAAUUAAAAUUUUAUCAACUUUAGAUGAAAUAUUAGUUACAGAAAGAUAGUAGGAUAAUGAAAUAGCAUUAAAUACAGCCAAAAAUUAUGAUGAAACCUUUUUAUAAUUGAUAUAUGAUGUUUUAUCAAUGUAACCACAUUAAAUUGAAAUUGAAUCAAGUUACCCAUUAAAAUAUAAUGGAUAAUUAUUAAAUGAACAAUGUGCGAGAGAUGAAGAAGUUGCUUGUGGAAUUUUUAAAUUAUUCUCAUCAGAAUCUGGAGUCCUUUUAUUAAGUAGAAGUAAUAUAGCACUAGGAUCAUCAUAAGCUUUAAUUAGAACACUCCUUAUUUAAGAUAAUAAAUUGCUUUUGCCACCUGAAAUUCUUAAAGCUGCUAUUGGAAUGUUAGGAAGGUUGUCUAGAAAAGAAGAUCUACAAAGAGAUCUUAAAAUAUUUAAUGAUCUAAUUAAAGUAGUUGAAAAUCUUAUAUCAAUUGGUCCUAAUCUAAUGAAACCUACAGAUUCAGGAUAUCAACAAAUUACUUUUGAUGAAUCUGAUUCUAUUAUUUCCUUUGCUAUCUAGAGUAUCAAUGAACAUUUCAAAGAUGAUCUUGGAAGGAGAUAUAAUAGAGCUAAUGCACCUACAAUUGCCAGAAAAGUAUCAGAAACUUAGAUAAUUAAAAAACUAUGCAAUUUACUAUAAGAUAGCAGAUAUACUCUUAUUAUAUAGUAAACACUAAUUUUGAUUUCACAUCUUGCAAAUGAAGUUCCUACUCUAAUUGGUCGAUUAAUAGAUUCUUAAUUACCAUAAUAAUUAAAUUCCAUCAUACAGAUUCUAAAUUAUACUUAAAUUAAUAAUAAAAUGGUUAAUGCUAUAUUUUAAUUUUAUUUUAAUGUUUCAUUAAAAGAAGAAGGAUAUGAUCAAUUUAAUACAUUUGGCUUAUAAUUCAUGGAACGAAUUCUUGAUAACUGUUUGAUUCAAUCUAAUGUUCCAAAGGAAUUAAUAACAUCUGUAGGAUAGAACAUUGCUAAAUAUUUACAAAAAAUAGAUAAGGUUGGUCCAUAAGUAAUAAAUAUUCUUAUUAUUGGAUUGGAAAGGCUUUAUAAUAAUUUGAUUGAAAAGAAAAAUAAUUUGAAAGAAAACACAUAUUAAUAAUAUUAUGAAAUUAUUACUAAAAUCUCUAACCUAUCUAUAUUAACUUUCAAAAUGAUUCAUAAUUUACAUCCAUCAUAAUAAGCUGAAAUGAAUGCUAAAGGAUUUUUUGAAAAAUUACUAUUGUUUUUUGAAUUUCCUACUUUUGAUUUUAAAACUGACUUAACUAAAGUAUUUAGGUUAUUUGCUUAAUUAGAUGAACUUGAUAAUCCAUUUAAAGCAUUAACUUAAGUACUUGCCUCUAUUUCUAAAUUGGAAAGUAAAUUAGGUUGUACUUUUGAAAAAACAAACAUUUAAAUUGAUGAAUCAUAUUAUAGUUCUGAGAAAUUCUUUCUAACAUGUCCUUUGGAUUAAUUAUAGUAGAAAUUAGAAUUAGUUUCUUAUUAUUAUUAAAUUGAAUCAUUAAUGGAGGUUUUAAAACAUUAUUUAAUGAAUGGUUAAAUCAGAUAUGAUUAAUAGGAAAUAUCAAGAUUAUUGAAUAAGAGUUGUUACUUAUUUUUAAUAUUGAUAAGAUCUAUUAAAUAUGCAGAAGAUUAGAAGAUGGAAUAAGUAUUCAAAAAAUCUGUUUUCUACUAAUAUAUUUAAUUAUUAAAAGUCAUAAUUAUCAAUUCUUAUAGAGUAAUGAAAAGAAUCAAUAAUGAAUUACAACCACUUAGCAAUUUAUUUUGUUAAUUAAGUUAAAAUUUAAGGAAUGAAAAUAUUUAAGUAAUUUAAUUACAUUCUUAUCUAAUCAAUGAUUUAUUAAAUAAUCUUGUUGAAGGUAAAAAGUAUGCAGAUUUCUAGAAUUUACAUCCAGACUUUUUAAGUUUGUUAAUUAAUUCUGAUUUUCUAGAAAAUCUAAAAUAAGGAAUUAGUUAAUUUAUUUAAUUGGUGAAUCAGAAAAAUAAUAUUGAACAUACAGAUUAAUUGGGUUGGUAAUAUGCUAAUAUUAUUAAAUUGAUUUAUCUUAACAAAAUAGAUCAGAGCAAAAAGAUAUAAGGAUAUAUGUUAAUUCCUAAGUAAAUUGAAGAAAUUUAAAAUCUCCUAACAAUUACAUAAUGUUUAUCAGCUGAUUCCAUAUAUGCAGUUUAAGAAUAGUUAAUUAAUAAAGUAGUUUUUAUUUUCCGCCCUUCCUUCUUAUAAGAUAUUAUCUAGAAAGAUAAAGAUAACUAUUUUUAAAAAACAUAUUAAGUCUUUAGAGGUGAGAAUGGAGGUGAAAUAGAUAUAUUAUAAUAAGAUCCUAAUGAAGUAAGAACAAAACUUAGAGAUAUGGGUUAUGAUGAUGAUGUGAUUACAAUUGCACUUCAAAAUAAUGAUAUUUAUGAUGUCACUAGACUUACUGAUUGGAUAUGUGAAAAUUUCGAUAUGAUUGAAGAAUAAAGAGUGAAAAUAAUUGAAAUUUAAAAGAAUGAACCUUCAUUAGAAGAAGUCACACAAUAAAUUCAAGAGAAAUAAAAAAAUCUUAAAUAAUAUAUCUAAACAAAUAUGUUAAAUUUUAGUAGAUUUGAGGAAAGUAUCUUCUUAUUAUUGGAAGGAUAAGUAAUGCCUUCCUUAUUAAAGUGCUUAAAGUAGGUUGCCUAUGAGUAAUUUAAAUUAUAACUCAAAUUUAAGGAUUGUGAACUUGAAAUCAAACAACCUUAGACUGAGAAUAUAAAAGUCAUCAUUACAAUCUUGCAUUAUAUUUAUAAAUAAAAAAAUCUUGUUGAAGAAUAUGAAAGCAUUGUAACUGAAUUGAUGAAAUUGGCUUAAGAAUUAAUGAAGUUCUAAGAUGAUCUUAGUCUUAAAGCUGUAAAUCACAUAUUGGCAAUUUUAACUCUCUUUAUUACUGAUGAUCAAAAAAAGAAAAAGAAUCAUCAUGAUACAGUUAAUGAUAUCCUUUUGGGAGUAGUUAAUAUAUUAAAAGGUAAAAUUCAAAAUCAUACAACCUCAAAAAUUUGUAUUGAAAUUCUUGUGAGAGCAUUCCAAGUAAAUAAGGAGAAUGUUUCAAAGUUUGUCUCUCAAAUGAGAGGAUUAGAAUAUCUAAUGAGAAUUAAAGGUGAUUCAUAAAAUCACAUGUUUCCAUUAACUAAAUUAGCCCUAUCAAUUGUUCAUGAUAAGAGUUUGGUUAUUGCUUAGAUUGAAGCUAAAAUUAAAAAGAUUCUUUAUAAUCAAGAAUACAAUAAAGAAAUUGAAAAUAUCAAUAAAUAAUAAUAAUAACCUUAAUAAUAGGUUCCAUAAUAACAUUAACCUCAUCAUCCCAUUUGCUUUUAACCAAUUUAUUAUAAUAUUCCCAUAACAAAUGACAUUAAAAUUGCCUCUAAUCAUCCAGCAUUAAUAACAAUUUAAAGUUAAGCCUUUUUUGUUGAAGAAGUAAAAGAGGUUAUGUCCCAUUUAUUUGAAGAUGGAGAAACUAUUGAUGGAGUUAAAUAUUUAAAUCUUAGAAAAGGUUGUUCAUUAUACACUUUCGAUUGUGUUUAACCUACUAGUUUUUAAAAGCAUAAGGAACCAGAAACUGCAAAAAAAAGUAAAUAAAUCUCAAAAAAAAAGAAGAGUGAAGAUAAAUUAUAAUUACAAUCCAACUUUUAACAUACUUAAGAAGCAUAAAUUUUGAUCAAAUUAUUAAUAUAAUAAAUGAUAUGCUCAUUUUUUGAGAAUGAAUAAUAUCAAUAUCAUUGGUAUACUAUUACUUAAGUAUUGUAAAUAAUGAUUAGACGUUAUCCUGUCUUAAUACCAAAAAUAGUAAGAGUGAAUUGUAGUAAAUUAUUAAAGCCUUAUUAAAAAUAAUUAAGUACUGACUAUUAAGAUUUAGAGUUUCCUAGAAAAAUCUCAUUUCUUACUCUUAUUACUAGAAUAAUGACUCCUGCAAAAAAUCUUCUAUUUGAAUUGUGUUUAGAUAAUGUCUUAUUAUAUUAAAUGGCUAAUAAUAAUAUUGUUCCAUUUUCAAAUGAAACAAGGAGAAAAAUUGUUAGUGAAUUGUAUGAUGGCAUAGAAAAACGAAUUAAGACUUUUGAUUCAAUUUUGUGUUAAUACUCAUAUACAUUAAUACGUUUACUAUAGAUAAAGUCAGUGGCAAAAAUUUGUUAUAGAAAUAUUCAUGAUACAGCAAAUUCCUUUAAUUUUAUAAAAUUAUAUAUGGAUGGAAUGAAAAACUUUGAAUUAAACUCAUAUUAUAUUUAUGAAAAGGAAUUAUAAUUUAUAACAGAAACCUUAGCAAUUUUAUUUAAUAUGGCUAUUUAUCUUUUAUUUUAUAAGCCUACUCCAAUUAUCAUUUCUAAAUAACAAUAAGAAUAAUAUGGAGAUCAUUUUCAAUUACAAGGUAUGAUAGGAUAAUUAUUACCAGAAGAAAUCAAUUCCCAAUUAGUACCAAAUAAAAGUAUUUUAUAUUAAGAUUCUAUUAAAUAUUUCUAAAAAUGGCCAUUAUUGCCCAUUUCUUUCCUAGAAGAAUUAAACUAAAAUUAAUAACAUGAAGAGUUUGAAUUUUAAUAAUUCUUAUCUCCUUUUAGAAGAAGAAAUAGACUUGUAAAUGUUGAAUUAAUUGCAAAUAUAGAGGAAGAUGAUGGUAUGUUAGAAUUAGAAUAUGAUGAUAAUGAUAUGUAAAGUGAAUAAAGUGGAGACUCACAUAAUUCUCAUGAAUCAGCUCCAGAAGAUCUUGAAGAAGAAGAAAAUAGUUGGGUAUCUAGUUAAAGUGGAAAUAAUUAAAUAGAAGCAGAAGAAGCAUAGAAUUCUUCAUCAAGUUGGACAGAUGAAGAAGAUGAAGAUGAAGAUAAUGAUUAAUAAGAGGAAGAAGAAGAAGGAAGUGAAUAGGAUGAACAAAAUGAAUAGGAGGAAGAAAAUGCUUCAAAUAGUGAAUUACAAAGUGAUAAUGAAGAAGAUAUGGAUUAAGAAGAUGAAGAAGAUCAUGAAGAAGAUUAAGAAGAAGGAGUAAUUGAUGAGGAAAAUGAUGGAUUUGAAUAAGAGGAAUAAAACAAUGAAAUUUCAGAAGAAAAUAUUGAAGUUACAAAAUAAUUCCAUCAUCUUACUAGUAGAGAAGAUUAAGCAUUUGCUAAAAUGACUAAAUCUAUCAUUCAACUAAUUGGCAUUCAAUUCCCAUAAUAAUUUGUGAAAGUGUUAGAUAAAUUAGUCCAUUAGUUACCUAAAAUGAAUUCUCCAGAUGAUUCUUAACCUAUUAAUUGGUGGACAGAACUAACAUAAUUUAUAUCAAAAUCAUUCUAAUUAGAUGAAAGAACUUAUGGACAAGAAUUGAGAAUGCAACCAUUAUUUAGAGAUAAUAGAUUCACAAAUGAAAUCUUUAGAAUUGACUAAAAUGAUAGAAUAUUUAAUAGAUUUUAAGCAGCAAGAUUUGAUCAAAUCGACAGAUAAGAAAGAAAUGAAUAACUAAGAUAAGAUAGAUACAGAUCAUUAACAUUUAGAAAUAGAAGAGAAGAAUUAUAACUUGAAUAAUAAUUAUAAUAAUAAGCUUAACCUUAAGCUAAUUUAUUUUAAUAACACCAAUAACAUCAAUAAAAUCAUAGUAGAGAAUAAAUUAUUAGAUUAUUUAAUUGGAAUUAAAUCUCAUAAAGUUUAUAACAACCAUAAUAAAAUCUAGCUCCAUUAUAAUAAUAAACUUAAAAUUUGCAAAGCAUACAAGAUUAAUUAUAAUAAUAAUUCUUGAAUUUGCUUAAUUCGACUUAAAAUUUCUAGUAACAGUAACAAUAAUAAUUAUAAUAGUUAUAAUAAUAAUAAUAAGAAGAAGAAUAAUAACAAAAUUAAUAAUAAAUAUAGAUUGAAGAAUAAUAAGUUGCUGUAAGCUAAGUAAACCCAGAAGUUAUGUAAAUAGAAGCAUAAGGUUAAGAACCUGAAUAAUUAGAAAAAAAAUAAGAUUAAUAAUAAUAAUAAUAGUAAUAGUAAUAAUAAUAAUAAUAAUAAUAAUAAUAACAUAUGCAAACAGAAGAAUAACCUUAAAAAGUAGAAUAACUAAAUUAAAAUAUUUAACAAGAGUCAUAAUUAAAUUUAGAAUAAAUUUAUCCAAACACUUUUAGUUUCUUAUAAAGAGUAGGUAGAACUUUCGAUGAUUUAACAAAUAACAAUAUAGAUCCAUCAGUUUUUGAAGAUUUGUCAGAGGAUAUGAUGGUUGAUAUUAUUUCAAAUAUCCCUGAAACUAAAGAAAUAAAUAAUAUUGAGGGAAUAGAUCCUUAAUUUUUAUAAUCAUUACCCCCAGAAAUUAGAAGAGAAAUCUACUAAUAAUAUGUAUAACCAACUUAAAAUCAACCAUAAUAACAAUCAGAUUUAGAUCAAUUAAUUGCUUUAAUCAAUUAAACUCCUUAUGAUGAUAGAGAGGAAAUGUAUUUGUAGAUAAGUGCUGAAUAAGUUAGAAAUUUACCUUAAGAUUUAAGGUAGGAAGCCACCUAUAUAAGAGAUAGAGCUGAUUAAAGGGCCAUCGAAUAGACAGAAAGAUAAUUGUACUAUUAGGUUGAUCCUUAGUAAUAACACUAACGAAAUCCUAACCCAUAACCACAAUAAUAAAGAAAGGAAAAUCAAAAAUCUUUGAAUUUGAAGAAUUUACUUCAAACUUAAAGACAUUUAGUUUAGAAAUUAGGAAAUGUGGAUGAUGAAUUUGCAGAAUCAUUAUUGAGAUUACUUUAUGUUGAAUCUCAUAGCUUCGUGAAUUUUCCAAUAAAUUUAUUCAUCGCCUUGACAAACAAUCCUAAUGUAGAAUAUAAGUUGAUAGAUGCACUAUUUUUCAUUCUUAAGAAUCGUAAUCAUAGAACAGAUUAGAGUUAAUUCCCUCCAUAAAUAUUAAUUAGAAGAAAUGGACUAUUAAGAGAUUAAAGUAAGAUUUAUGAGAUAGUAUCAUUAAAGAUUCUUUAUUUAAUUUCAAAAUUGUAAGGUCCAUCAAUAAAAUACUUCUUUGAAACAAAGAAAUAAGUAUAAUUGUAAUCAAUAGCCAGACUUACAGAAGGUACUUAAGAUCUUCCAUUGUUAUAAUUAAUUUAGCUUUUGCCUUUGUUUAAGGGUGAUCAUCAAGAGUUGUUGAUUUAAGCUAUUUCAAAUAUAACAACAAAGUAGAAGGAUUUUAAAUAAGAUUAAUUAAAUUUAGAUUCAAAAUCUGUUGAAUGUGUUUGUACAAUAUUAUUGUAAAAUAUGAAUAGGAGUGUUAAAAACUUCUCUCAUAUUAUUUUAAAUCUAAGUAAUAAUAAAGAAAAUUAAUAAUUGAUUAUUAAAUAUAUAAAGGAAUUUAUUUAAAAGAUAACUAGAGAAAUAAAUAAUAACUUUGCCAAACAAUGUUAAUAUGAUGAGAUCUUUACUGCAGAUAAAGCUUUAAUAAAUGUAUUUUAAUUUGUUAGAGAAAUGAAUGACAAAAUUGGUGAAAAUAAUGACUAAUAAGAUACAAGAAGUAAUUUUAAGGAAUUGUUAGAAGAUUAAUGUUUAAUAUAAUUAUGGAGAAAUAUGAUAAAAUUAUUGCAAGACAUUCCAUAAUAACAAUUAGCAAAAUUAAGUACUAAAAUAUCUCCAUAUUUGGAAUGCUUUUUCAUUAUUUAUUAAUUGGUCAAUCCUUUUAGAAAGAAUAAGAAUUUUUAAAGAGAACCAACUAAGAUUGCUAGUAUGGAAGGACAAUAACAAGAGGUUUAAGAAUAAUAAUUACAUGAUGAAUUAUUCUAAUAAAUUUGUGAGAGUGGCAAGGUUUUAUUGAAUAUGAUGAUUAGAGAGAGAUUAUAAGAAUUGAGAGAAAAAGGAAAAUUAGUUAAUGAUUCUUUAGGAGUUAUAAUAUUUAAGAAUCCUAGAAUAGUAGAUUUUGAUAACAAACAGAAAUAUUUCAAAAUGGAAUUGAAAUUAUUGAAAAUGCAGAACAAUAGACAUCAUUAUGGAAAUAUCAAUUUAAGAUGUAGAAGAAAGGAUAUAUUUAUGGAUUCAUAUCAUCGUAUAAGUAAAUUAAAACCAGAAGAAUUAAAAGGUAAAUUACAUGUAGAAUUUGAUGGAGAAGAAGGUGUUGAUGCAGGUGGUGUUACUAGAGAAUGGUUUUUGAUGCUUUCAAAAGAGAUUUUUAAUCCAAAUUAUGCUCUCUUUACUCCAUCAUUAAAUGGACAAAUGUUUUAACCAAGCAAUAAGUCACAUGUAAAUCCAGAUCAUGUCAAAUAUUUUAAAUUUAUUGGAAGAAUUGUAGGUAAAGCAUUAUAUGAUGGAUAAUUAUUGGAUACAUAUUUUACUAGAUCAUUUUAUAAACAUAUUUUGGGUUAGAAAUUAACAAUUCAUGAUAUGGAAGAUAUUGAUUUGAAUGAAUACAAUAGUAUGAAGAAAAUUUUGGAAUAAAAUGUUACAGAUUGGGGAAUCUAUUGGACAUAUAAUGUUGAUCAUUUUGGUAAACUUGAAGAAAGAGAACUAAUUGAAGGAGGAAAAACUAAAUUAGUAACUGAAGAAAAUAAAUUGGAGUAUGUUCAAACUUAUUGUUAUUAAAAAAUGGCUAAAGAAAUUAAAGAUUAAAUAGAAGCUUUUUUAAAUGGAUUCCAUGAAUUGAUACCAUAAUCAUUAGUAAGUAUUUUUGAAUGGAAAGAAAUGGAGCUAAUGUUGUGUGGUUUACCUGAUAUUGAUCGUAAAUUUAUUUAUUUUAUUAUUUUAGUUGAGGACAUGAAAGAGAAUAUUGAAUAUCAUGGUUAUGAUAAAGGAGACAAAGUAAUUUAGUGGUUGUGGGAAUUGUUGGAAAGUUUCGACAAAAGUAAAAGAGCAGCAUUCUUAUAAUUUGUUACAGGUAUUAUAUUGUUCUAUUAUUAUUUUAGGUACUUCGAAAGUUCCUUUAGGUGGAUUCAAAGAAUUAAAAGGAAUGCAUGGCCCUCAAAAAAUAUAGGUACAUAAAAAGCCUUAUGUAAAUUUUGAAUUACCUACUUCUCACACAUGGUAAAUUAUAAUUCCAUAUAAUUUAGCUUUAAUUAAUUAGACUUACCUAAUUAUCCAGCUAGAUAAAUUUUGAAAGAGAAAUUGGAGUUGGCAAUUAUGGAAGGAAAAGAAGGUUUUGGUUUUGCUUGAU